AUGGACCUGGACGAGUCGCCGAGAAAGACGCAGGACGACGAUUUACUCGACGAUGCGGACGCGGAUAACAGUCCUCCAGCUCUGGACGAUGACGGCGAUGUAGGGCUCUUUGGGUCCGGCUCGGAGGAGGAAGAAGAUAUACAUGAAGGACGUAGAAAGUUGGAUGAUGUGCAGCUGGACUCGGGCGACGAUGAAGGGCGCUACGACCGAGCUGGCUCUCCGAUGGAGGAGGAUGGCAUGGAGUACGGGGAGACGUUGAACGUCUUCAAUUGCGCCGUACCCAACUUCCUUUCCAUAGAGUCUGAAGACUUCAAUCCCGAAACCUACGUUGCGCCACCCUUUUCCUCUGCCUCUACCUCCUUAUGCUGGAGGACUACUCCUGACGGCGACGAUAUUCAGUCCAAUGCCAGGAUAAUACGCUGGUCAGAUGGCUCGUUAACUCUUCAGCUUGCAUCGAACCCUACCGAGCAGUACAGGAUAUCAUCCAAGGCGCUUGCACGACCCAGCAGGCCUGGGAAGCGUGACGAGUACGAUCCAGAUCUAGAUGCGCAUACCUACCUCGGCAUCGCGUCUGAGUCUUCCUCUGUCAUCCGUCUUACCUCGCACAUUACUUCCUCCCUCAGCAUUCUCCCAACAACUGUCGAAACAGAUGACGCAGUACAAAGAUUACAGGAAUCUCUUGCCGCCGCGUCACGAAGCGGUAAGAAAACUGCUGACGGGUCUGUUGCGAUUAUCGAAGUCAAACAAGACCCUGAGCUCGCGAAGAAACAGGCUGAACAGGCCGAACGAGAGAAACUCCGCGAAGCCCGUAAACGGCAAGCGGCAGUUGAGCGUGAAGUCGACCGUGGCAGGCGAGGCUCCAAUUUCCCGCGGACAGGAGCAGGUCUUACAAUUGCUGAUCUUGAGGGAGACGAUGAGAUGGCUAUUACCAAGUCACGCGGUGCGGCCAAGAGACCAGCACGCAAACCGCGCCGUCGUGAUGAUAUAUAUUCAGAUGAAGAGGAUGAUUAUGAUAGGAGAGGUCGGUCCCGUGAAGACGAGUAUGAUGAAGACGAUGGCUUCCUCGUUGCUAGUGAUGAGGAGCCCGAAGUUGGGGAGGACGAAGAUGACGAGGAAGAAAUUGUCGAUGACGAGGAUAUGGACGCUGAGGGCGAGAUUGAUGAAGAUGUUCAGCCCCAGAAACCGAGCAGUAAAGCGCCCAAGCCUUCUGCAGCCGCCAGUGAGUCGCCAGGGCAAAAGGGGGCUUCACCUCAAGCGCGGAAGAAACACAGAUAUGUCGUUGAUGAUGACGACGAUGAGUGA